AUGAAAGAUUCCGAAUUUGUUGGAGGAAAAUUAAAAAUUAAAGGAUUAAAAAUAAAAACGACAAAUAAGAAGAAGAAGAGAAAAGAGAAAAGUAGUAAAAAUUAUUCUACAACCAUAGAAAAUAAUGAAAAUAAAUAUAAUGAUGAGGAAUGUUUUACUAAGGAUAAUAAAAAUGAAAAAACAAAAAAUAAACAAGACAUCGAAUCUCUAAAUAAAAUAGAUGAUGAAGAAAAAUUAAAAGAAAUAUUAGAAUCUAAUUUAACGGAAGCAGAAAAAGCAUAUCAACUAGUAUUAAAAAAAAGAGAAAAACAAAGAAUAGAAAAUAUUUUAAAAGAAAGUUAUCGUGAACGCUUACAAAAAUUCAAUGAUAAUUUGGCUUCAUUAAGUGAACAUUUUGAUAUACCUAAAGUUGGCCCAGGGUAA